UGGCAAAAAUGUUUGUCCCUAAAAUUUUCUUGCUGUUGGGCUUUGCCCUUUUCGUCUCAGCUGAAAACGACCUUGAUACCGGCUAUGAAAUUUUGAGAUGCGCCAACAAAGCAAUGAGAGCAGGAGUACCUGAAUUGGGAGUGCCACCACACGAUCCCUUCGUGGCCUUUAAAAACAUCUCAUGGACCGGAGACAUUGGUGAUGCUAGCACCUCAAUUGACGUAGACACAUUAAGAUGGUAUGGUCUUGCAGACUGGGACAUAUCUGCCAAGCAAAUCAGUGAUGACGCUGAUGAUGAAGCAUUCUUUGACUACACCAUACACUGGCCCGUUUUCACAAUCAGCGGUAACUACAAAACAACCGUUAAAGAACUGUUCCUUGCGCAGAAAUACAAAGGAAGCUUUAAACUUGUCAUGGAAAAACCAAAAUGGACUGGAAGAAUCAAAUCUGGAAAAAUUCAACCAAACGCCACUGUAGAUAACUACACCGUUUCAUGGCACGUUCCAGAUAUAAAUGUUUCCAUUUCUGGAUUGGGUCUCAUUGGAAAUGUUAUAGCUCUCGCCAUUCAAAAAGUUAUUCAAACUACUGAUCUUAUCGGAAAUGUCGUUGAAGACUUUCUUAAAAUGAGAUUCAACACUGUCUGGUACCCCACUGGCAAUUUUUGGGUUCUCAUGCAAUGGUGUAAAGACAACAGUGGAUCCACCGCAUUACCAUCUUUUAAUUAA